AUCCGGCGGGGCUGCGGCGCUGGGAGGGGAGCGGGGCGGAGGGGCCGGCGGCGGGGACGCGGCGCGGGGCAGGAGCGGAGCGGAGCGGCGGCGGCUCGGAGCCGGGCGGGCGCACCCGCGGCCUUCCCCUUCCCUCUGCGCGCAGGCCGAGGACCUGGGGCUUGCUCUGUGGAACUAGACCCGCCGACCUGCUUUUCGGAAGACGUUCAACACUGCCAUAUCGGUAUCUAGAAAUAUUCAGCUUUUGCAGUAUUUAUAGUCGUACUGAAGCACGAUGUAGGAAGAACAAUAGGAUCGUCUCAUUACAGCACAAACUUCAGAUCAGAGACGCAGCCAUGAAAGAUCCAAGUCGCAGCAGUACUAGCCCCAGCAUCAUCAGCGAAGAUGUGAUUAUCAAUGGUCACUCUCACGAAGAUGACAAUCCCUUUGCGGAGUACAUGUGGAUGGAGAACGAGGAGGAGUUUAACAGGCAGAUCGAAGAGGAGUUGUGGGAAGAAGAGUUUAUUGAGCGCUGUUUUCAGGAGAUGCUGGAAGAAGAGGAGGAGCACGAAUGGUUUAUUCCAGCCCGUGAUCUCCCACAAACAAUGGAUCAAAUCCAGGACCAGUUCAAUGACCUUGUUAUCAGUGACAGCUCAUCACUGGAGGAUCUGGUGGUCAAGAGUAAUCUGAAUCCAAACGCAAAGGAGUUUGUUCCUGGGGUGAAGUACUUAAAUAUUUGAGUAGACUGGGCCCUCUUUUGGUGGAUGUAGCACAAUUUCCACACUGUGAAGCCAGUAUUAGAAGAUUUAAUUGUAAAAGCUCUCUCUUCUUGUCACUGUGUUACACUUAUGCAUUGCCAAAGUUUUGUUAGUCUUGCAUGCUCAAUAAAAGUGCUGAGACUGUUAUUAAGUAAAUCUGUCAAAAGUUUAAUGGAAACAUAAUUGGACCCUGGCUCUCUGCAAAGGAGACAGUGAGGUAGGAAGCACCAGUCAAGUUGAGACAAAGUACCACAUUUAUAAAACCUUCUGCAGACUCUGUCUUUUAAAUAGGACUUGCAAUUUGCUUUGGAUGGUCUGUUUUUAACUAAAGAUGUGUUAACUGGUGCUAGUUUGCACCUGAUAAUGCCUUAACUUUAAAAUGAAAGCAAGGUUAUCUGAUCGUUGUGCAAAUUAGCUAACUUUCCUUUGAACUAUCAGUAUUGUUACUAAUGUUACUUUUUUCCCCUUAAAAAAGAAUUCAUGCUUCUUUUAAGCAGCGUGAGCUUUAACAGAAAUUUUACAGACCUGUACAGAGUCGUAGAUCUCAGCUACUGAACUAACAUCCAAGUGAUCGGAAGGAAGGAAUUCCCUGUACUUGCAGUGUGUUAUCAUGUUAGAAAUGUUUCACUUCCUAAUUAUGUUAAAGGACAUGUGAGUUUCAUCACAAUUUCUUCCAAGAACCCAGAUACAUACAUAGCACCGCCUAUGUAACUUUUAGCGUACAACUUUAUUAUAGCUGGAUUUAACCGAGAAAACCCUAGCAUUAGUGAUUUGAGUGGUGCUUUUUUCCCUUGCUUUGUUUAAUCAUCACUACACAAUAGUCUACAGCACAAUGACUUUUUUUUUUCUUUUAAUAAAGCUAGAACAGUUUUGGCUUCUUAAACUUCAUAUUUGGGUAGGUUAAGCUGCCAUACGUGUUCAGUGUGAAUAGUGUUUAAGUUGAAAAUAUUGUAAAAAAAUUAUAUUUUUUCAAAAAUAUUUAAAAAAAUAAAUAAUAGUAGAAAUGA